GCUGCCCCUCUCCGUCUCUCCGCACAACAUAUUUAUACAGUCUCGCGUUCUCAUUCUCACAGCACAAAGAGCAAACGCGUCUGUCGUUCUGAAGCGAGAACUUUAAGGGAGGAAAACCAAGAAGAGAAAUGGAGAGAUACUCAGCAGCAGCGGCCAUCAAUCCGCACGAGGAGGCCAUGAACAUCCCUCCCCAGACCUACCAGCUCCACAGGUCGCUCCACUCGGUCCCCAAGGCCCCCGCGAAGCCGUGCAAGAAGCCGACCCCCCCGCAACCCCCGAACCCCACCCGGGUCUACAAGGUCGAGCCCAUCAACUUCCGGGAGAUCGUGCAGAAGCUCAAGGGGGCAUCGUCUCAGCUGCCGCUCCCCGCCCACUGGCUCCAGGAGGCGGCCCCUCCGCCGCUCGAGCUCUGGACGCUGAACCCGGCCCGCGGUGAUAUCAGCAGUAAUAACAAUGCAGCGGCGGCAAGGGCCACCACUCCUUUAUCUACCGUGUACAGGGAGCUGAUGUCUGAAGGCCUCGAGAAGAAGUCUCCCCACAAGUUUGGAGAUGGCUUCGAGCUGAGCUUGUCGCCGAGCUUUAUUGGAUGGAGCACGAUUCCCAUGUUGAGUCCGGGGACAUUGUCUGGAUUCUAGACUUCAAAUAAACGAAAGUUCGAUCUUUCAUGAAUCCACUGCCGACUGCUAUGGAAAAAGAUUGAGCCGUCCAGAAAAGGCCGUGGAUCCGAAAUGUGUUCUAACGCAUACAGUGCUGUUUUUCUUUUCCUUUUUAUUGACUUCGUAAAUUUCUUAGGCUGUUUUGAGAUGUAUGAAAAAACAGCUAGUUCAUCGGCUGUUAUUACUUUUCUUUUGCUCGUACGAUUUUUCGUAUGUGGUUCUACUUCUAUUCGAAACACGAGGAUCAUGUUUUGUUCUUGUUUUUGUUUGUCUUUUCCAGUAUCGAAGAUCCUUGAUGAUUUUUGGUAGUAAAACCACUGUCCUAUUUCCAUUGUAGGUACGUGGGAGAGCUGCUUCCAAUAUAUUCAGGUUACGUUGCUUAUACUAAUGACUGAAGUAUCCUAGAAGGCCAAUA